AUGGAGCCAACGAAUCCGGUGGCCUCCCGCACGGAUUCAUACCGAAUGGCCACCCAGCAACUUUCCGUUUCCGCAUCCACCUCGGCCGAGAAUCCCGAUGAGGUCGUCGAGCUGUCAUUUGAAGAGAAGGCCUCGGUGUCGCUGACUGUCAAACUGCGCCGCGGCGAUUCUGUCUCCUCCGAUACCAUCUACCAAGUCAUCGACGACAACUACGAAGCCAUGCCCACGUUUUUAAGGGACAUCGAAUUUGUUCCCAGUGAUCUACGCCCAAAAAUUCGGCCCCCAUCCCCGCCGGUCGCCCAGAAAACGGAAACGCAAACCGAUUCUGAAGCGGAAGUGACCCAGAAGCUGGCAGAAACCUACCUGAACGACGACACCGACAUGUACGAGGAGAUUGGAAUGAAUUUGCCAAGCUCAUCAACCUCCGGAACGAGUAGCCAUUCGGAAUAUGUGACGUCGAUUUACUCUGCUGGAGAGACGGAGACGUGCACGAUGUCCACGCAUUGCCGGUGUACGAAUUGCCAGACAAGGAGAAGCCUCCUCACCACAUCACAGCACGAGCUCAACGUUAUUGAAAAGCCGCGAAUCCAAAACGGCAGCUCGACACUCGGCAGAUCAUUGGGUCGAAAAAUCCGCCCGGUCAGCACCAUCGAAUUCGACAAGCUGAUCAAGUUCAAGAGCGACUUCCAUUUGAACCUGUCAAAAAAGAUGGAGCGCCUCCGGAAGCGAGUAAUGGCCGAGAAGAGCCGUCGUUCCGUAUCGAAAUGUACGCUCAACGCACGGCAACUGGACACGGAUCACUAUGGGCAUAUUGAGGACGAUCGAUAUAUCUACGGUGAUGACUGGUCGACGGAUGGUGAGGUGGAGAUCCGAUCACCAGAGCUCGACCCGCUGAAUCCGCCAUCUUUGCAUGAAGUGAUGGAACCACAUCUCCGGGAAGCUUUUCCGUCGGCAGAGCCAGCUUGCUCCAGUUCCGCCACAUUUUGCCCGGAGACUGAGGGUCUUUGUUUUUCGCCUGAAGUCCAGGAAUUGACCGUCGGGCUGGAUGGGUUGAGCGUUAAGGAGGAUGAGCCCGAAUCCAAGUCAUUCUCCUCCCGACUCCACAACACUCAACCUCUAUAUCAAUUGUACAUGCUCGCCGAGCAGGAGAAGAUCCUUGAGUCCCAAAUCAACGAGCCGGCGCAGAUGAUUAUUCAGAAAACAAUGAACUUACGAAGGGAGUCGUCCUCGUCGUCAUCGGAUUCUGGGCUUCGAGCUGAUUGUUCGCACUCCACGACGCAUAGCUCGUCAGCCUUGACGUCGAGUACAUCUUUGAGACGUGACCGACUCGAAAGCGUGCGCUACGGCAGCCAACGUAGUCUAUGGUGUGAACUCCCAGAAGUGAAAGAUGCUGGCCUACUCGACCAACUUGACGACGAGACCAAGCAGCUCCAGGAAGCGUAUUUUGAGGUCAUCACCAGCGAAGCCAGCUACUUGCGGUCGUUGAACAUCCUCAUCACGCACUUCAUGGCCGACAAGGCGAUGUUAGGCUCAAAAAGCUCGGACUCUGUAAUAGCCAACGACGAUCGGAAGCACUUGUUCAGCAACAUUUUCGCUGUCCGGGAUUGUAGUGAAAGGCUUCUCGUCGACCUCGAGACUCGGCUGGAAGAGUCGCUAGUCCUCGACUGCCUCUCCGACAUCCUCAUCCACCACUUUGAGACCAACUUCGAGGCGUACAUCAAGUAUUGCAGCAAUCAGGUGUACCAAGAUCGAACACUUCGCCGGCUGAAGACGGAGAAUUCCAGUUUUCUAUCGGCUGUAGGGAGGUUGGAGUCGGACAAGCAGUGCCAAGGCCUCGACAUGCGAUCAUUUCUGAUGUUGCCAAUGCAACGAAUCACCAGAUAUCCACUGCUGAUCUACGCGAUUCUGGAGCGCCAGCCGAUCGGCUCGGAGAAGCACAGGAACGCGGCGAAAGCGUUGGCGCUGGCUAAUCAGGUCGUGUCGAGCUGUAAUGAGGGCGCGAGAAGAAUGGAGCGAACCGAACAACUUCUUGAGGUCGAUCGCCGGCUGGUUUACAAGGACUCAGAGUUGAAAAGAGUAGCCCUCGUCUCGGCCCAUCGGCACCUCGUCAAACGGGGUUGCCUCUACGAGAUCUCAGAGCGAGGCCCAAAAUCGUUGCUUCAUAGCCGUCCAAAAGCGCGUCAUGUGUACCUCUUCCUCUUCAGCGACCUGUUGAUCAUCACCAAGCAGAAAAUGAACGGCACCUACGUCUGCCAAGACUACGCGGAGCGCCGUUUCGUUGACACCUCACCGUUGGAGCCAGAAAACCCAAAGAUAUCCUCCGGGCUACUUCAUCAACUCCCCAAUCGACCUCACCUCUUCCUCUGCGUAUUGAUGCGGAAUGCAAGGGGGAAACAGUCAGAAUACCUCUUCUCGGCCGAUAACGAAAGUGACCGCGAGCGCUGGCUGAGCGCGAUGCGGCCCCCGCAAAGCGCAAACCCGGACGAGAGGGUGUACGCCGAGUGGGACUGUCCACAGGCUGUGGCCGUACACUCAUAUGGACGCGCACAGGAUGACGAGCUGGACCUGGCCGUUGGGGAUCACGUCAAUAUUUUAAGAAAGAUGCCUGAUGGUUGGUUCUACGGAGAGCGAUCCCGAGAUGGUACUGGAGGAUGGUUCCCCUCGAGCUACGUUCAGCAACUUGUGAACGAUCACACCAGGGCCAAGAAUUAUCGACAACGGCUCAGGAUGAUGCAGGCAGCUUCCGACCUCAGAAGCGAUCUGCCCCCUCACAUGAGCCGCCACGCCAAGCCCCCAGCCCUCAUCCAAAAGCUCCGUCGUAUGAGCAACCCGCGACAGCUUUUCCUACCAAAU